AUUAUUUACAGCAGGGAGCAACCGGAAUAAGAAGAGAAAUAUUUUUCUGGAAAAAGAAGCCAGUUGUCUGGUCCUGUCCUAGGAUAAACACUAAACAGUCAGAGAUGCCAGGUGGAAUAUAGUGAUAUAGAAAUAAAUUUUAUCAUGUCCGAUUGUGUAGAAGUUGCUAUUUCAAGUGAUUCUAGUGAUCAACUAUGGAGUUGUUGUGCAUGGGAUGUAAGAUCCGGAACACAUUUAAUAACCUACAAAGGUGGUGGAGCUCCUGGACCCCAUACUUUGGGUAUAAUCAACAAUCAGUUCAUCGUUACCGGUAACAUGGUCAAACCCAUGCUACAUAUUUGGCCUAUCAAUCAACAUGAGAUGGUAUCAACGAGAUUCGUUCUGUCGGGUCGCCCCACCGCAAUUGCUGUAUCACCUGAUGGAAACUAUUGUAUAGUAGCUGUACAAGAAGCAAUUUAUGUAUAUCAACUAGCGACAGGAGCUUUGCUUGCCACUGUUUCGUGUCACUAUCAAGCAGUCACUGUUAUUCGCUUCACUGAUAAUGGGUCGCACUUCAUUAGUGCGGGAAUGGAUGGAAUGGCACAUGUAUGGUGUCUGGCACAAGUUGUGCGUGUUUUUCAGAAACAUACUAUUAAUGCAUUGUACUCUUAUUCGGAUCAUGCACUUCCGAUAACAGAUUUAUAUAUAGGCAAAGGUGGUAUGAAAGCAUUAUUCUGUACGGUAUCGAUUGAUCGCACUUGUAAAAUUUAUGAUCUUGUUUCUGGUUCGAUAUUAUUAAACUUAGUUUUCCAAGAACCACUUUCAUCGGUCACUAUAGACGGGCUAGAAUCGAAUAUAUUUGUUGGUACAUGCAGUGGCCCUAUACUGAAAUUUGAUAUUCUUGCAACUCCUCGUCUCAAAGAUUAUCAUGUCGACAAUAAUCAACAGCAGAAAAAUAGUUUUUUGGGUCAUAAGAAAGAAGUUUCAUGUCUUUCUGUAUCGAUAGAUAACGAUACUCUUCUUUCGGGGUCAGCAGACGAGAGGGUUAUCAUUUGGCAUAUCAAAAGUCGGCAGCAGCUUCGUAUUAUUCCUCAUAAAGGAAUAGUUACAAAUGCUCAAUUCAUGCUAGCUCCAAAAUCAAUGUUCAAUCAAAUGAUCAAAAUUAAUCCAUCUUUCCAACCGCUUCAAAAACUUGUGUGUCCUGUUGAAAAGAUAAUCGAUCAGUGUGUGGAAGUUGCUGUACAUGAGAAGUGUUAUAAAAAAAUAAACAGGUUUAAAAAAAGUGGGACAUGCACUUAUAAAAACAAUACUACAGUAAACAACCAAGAAGAAAUAAUAAAAUUGAAGAAAGAAAUUCAUCACUUAAAAAUGGUAAAUAGAGAGAUGUACGAUUUUACCGUUAAGAAUAUAAUGAAAGAAAACUGAAAAUAAAUAAUGAAA